UACUCUACUACUGUACUAUAGUCUACUACUGUACUCUACCACUGUACUGUAGUAUACUGCUGUACUGUACUCUACUACUGUACUGUAGUAUACUACUGUACUCUGGUCUACUACUGUACUAUAGUCUACUACUGUACUCUACUACUGUACUAUAGUCUACUACUGUACUCUACCACUGUACUGUAGUAUACUACUGUACUCUACUUCUGUACUAUAGUCUACUACUGUACUGUAGUCUACUACUGUACUCUCCUACUGUACUAUAGUCUACUACUGUACUGUAGUCUACUACUGUACUGUACUCUACUACUGUACUGUACUCUACUACUGUACUAUAGUCUACUACUGUACUGUAGUCUACUACUGUACUCUCCUACUGUACUGUAGUCUACUACUGUACUCUACUACUGUACUCUACUACUGUACUGUACUCUACUACUGUACUAUAGUCUACUACUGUACUAUAGUCUACUACUGUACUGUACUCUACUACUGUACUAUAGUCUACCACUGUACUAUAGUCUACUACUGUACUGUAUUUUACUACUGUACUGUGUACUCCACUACUGUACUAUACUCCUGUAGUAUCCUACUGUACUGUACUCUGCUCUGCUCUUGUUAUCGUAUAAUAUCUAACUCUUGUUGUCGUAUAAUAUCUAACUCUUGUUAUCGUAUCUUUCUGUGGCGAGAUAUCUGUACUCGUCCCUGUUGAGCUGACCAUGUUCUUUCUUUCUCAGGUCUGCUGAUAGCCUACUGUCACAGGUUUGACAUCCUAAUGCAGUCCUCACGGUUCUAUUUCCUGGCCUGCACUAUCGGGUAUGGUAUCGGGCUGCUCAUCACCUUCGUAGCUCUGGCCCUGAUGCAGAUGGGUCAGCCGGCCCUGUUAUACCUGGUGCCUUGCACCCUCCUCUCCAGCCUGGCGGUGGCGCUGUGGCGCAAAGAGCUGCCAUUAUUCUGGACAGGAAGUGGAUUUGUGCCUCCCAUAGCUCUGCAACCAAUCAACUGUAUGCAAACCCCAGGACCACCCACAGAUGACCCCCUCACCAAUCCUGAGCCACAAGGUCCUGAUGCAACCAAUCAGAGUGAGGACACUCCCCUUCCAGAGAAAGAAGCCAGCAAAUCAGAGUAAAGGACUUCUAGGAUGCCAAUUUCUUAUUCAUUUCAUUUUAUUUUUGACACAUAGGAUCUCAAUGGAACACUAUAAGUUCUUAAACAAAUGACACAUAGGAUCUCAAUGGAACACUAUAAGUUCUUAAACAAAUGAUAAACAUUUCAGUGCACUUGGUGUGAAAAAGGGUAGGAAAAGGACUGACGGGAGAGAGGGAGGGCACUCAACCUCCAGUGGCAGUUCUUCAACGUGCGAAACACCUCGGGGUCAGCAGGGAUCAGCACUGGCUGAGAGUCCUGGAUGAUGCGCUGUCGACCCAGGUCAAAGAGCACAACAUACACAGCCCCGACUGCGACCUACGCUGACUUAACGCCCCUCUCAUGAGUUUUAUCAUCCUGUCACAUAAAAUAGACGUUUUGUCUCCAAACUCUCCUGUCCUCCAGUUCACCAUUUAUCCCACCAGUCCUAUGCAAAAUAGUAGUCAACAAUCUCCACAACUAGAAGGUCAAUGUGUUGCAGUCCGACCAUCAGAAGCUCUGUCGGUUAGCUUGUUCCCAAUUUUUCCAAUCUCCUUUAUUAAGUACUUUGAAGAAGAAGAACCACACUACGGCUUGUCUCUCUGUUUAUGAAAGAGGAAGUGUCUACCGUACUACAUACCCGAUAUCAUGUGGUGCUAUCAUGGAUUCUCAACGACCGAAACGGUAUAGAAUGAUUAUCGAUUUAGGGGGUCAAGGGGCGGUUUCCUAGUGAACUAAAAAAGCAAGCUUAAUGGAGAAUCUCCUUGUAAAUUGUUAUAAAUCCUGGAUAAGGCUUAAUCCGUGCCCGGGAAACCUUCUCCAAUAGUUUUUUGAUUUGGUUUAAAUCUGAACUUUUGACCUUUUAUUGUUUUUGCAUGCUAUGGGUUUGGUUUAGACCAGGCUGUCAACAAUAGUGUGUGGUUUAUAUAGUAGCUUACACACUGUCUUUAUAUAAUACUAAGGGUGCAACAGUUAAUGUUGUCCACACCGUUUCUCUAGUAGAUUUUGUGGUCCCAUUUUCCAUUAGGUGUAAAAACCCAUGUAUUUAUGUGGUAGAUACAUACAGUAGUAUAUAGGUGUAAUUACAUUGUAGGCAGCUAGGUUCAAAUAGUACUUAAACGUGUUUAACAGUUUUUAAAGUUGUAACUAAUUACACUAACUACUUACUGGUAUGUAGCUACCAUGUGAACACAUGGGUUAUAAGGAGACCUAAUGUAGAGCGACCAAUUUUGGUUAUAUAAUUCAUAUUGUCUUAAUGGGUUUUGGCCUUACUGGUGUCCAUGGUUACAAUUGGAAUGUCUCUGUGCAUAGUGCUUUAUGAAGACAGAGUUCUGUAUUCAUGUGUUAGCUUAUUAUGUUUCUUAAACUGAUAAGUGAUACUUUAUGUUGUGU